AUGAUUGAUGUCGUCAGAUUAAUUGAAUCAUUAAUGAAUCAUAUUUAUAAUGCGGGAGCAUUAAUUGCAGCCAUCAGCACGGCUGCUGAGGUAUUUAAUAGACUCUUUAAGGUUUGGCAAUCCGCUUCUACGACAAAACAUAAUCAUAAUACUAUGAUGACGGUCACUAUAAUCCUACCUCUUCUUUUGUUAGUUUCCACAGUUUCAUCUCAAUCCUACACAUUCCCAUUGGGACCAAAUCAACCGUAUCCACAGUAUAACAGUGAGUUGAGCAAUGAAAAUAUUUUGCUAAAAUCAAAAUUUUCAGAUAUGUACGAGUCUCGGUAUCCGUAUAUUCCAAGUCAGCAAAUUCCGCAAGGAGGAUCGGGAAUGAGUCAGAUGAGUCAGAUGGGUCAAAUGAAUCAGCUUCAGCCAGGUCUUCAAAUGAAUCAGAUUCCUAACUUCAGCCCCCGAUUCAAUCAGAUUCCAAUGCAUAAUCAACCACAAAAUCUAAUCCAGCAGAGGUUCCAGUUUAAUCCGAUGGCUCGGAUUCAUGUACAACCUCCUAUACAAGAUUCAUCCUUUCCUUCCUCGUUUCCAUCAAGCUCACCUCGCAUCACGUCACCAGUGAGCACUUCGGAAUAUCAGGUGGAUCAACGAAUCCCUCUUCCAAAAGCAUCGUCAGAGUCGCUUUCUUCCGCUGUCCCCACUCGAAUAAUUCCCCCAUUUCUAGAAAGUGCUUCCGUCGCUGAACAGGACAAAUUCUACGAAAUCGUGCAGCAUCCCACUUGGAGUGGAGUUGAGAAGAAUCGACGAAUCGAAGAGUUUAUGAAAACAAUGUCAGACGAGAGACAGUCGAUGUACACCAACUUCCGACGUGACGUCGUUGAUAAGGAGCUUGAGGAGAAGCGCCGAAAUGUUGAUCGCGCGGUGAGCUCAAUGACCAAAGAAGCAGCCGACGAGUUCCAACGCGUAGUACGAAUUAUGCAUGAUCCGUCUCGAACUGAAUCGGAGAAGCUGAAGAAGAUUGAGGAGAUCUACUCUAAACUCCCGGAUGCCAUUCGCAAGGAAUUCGAUGUCAAGCUGAAGGGAUUCCGAUAA